GUCAGUGCCUGGCAGCGAUUUAGACGAGGGCGUACGGACUUGAGGCAGCAGUGAAUGCAUUUCCCCGCUGACUGCGGUCGUACUUUUCUCAUCUUGUACGGAUUACUACUAAAUUCAAUCCUCGAUCAAUCGCCGCAUCGCAUUUUCCCGCUGCACUUCUCCAUCUGAAGGCCUGUCACAGAAUAAAGUGGCUCGGUGUGAGUGUGUUUAGACAGCGGCAAGAGAGCAGCAGUGUGUCCUCGAUGGCUGGCUGGAAGGACGGCUCAGUGCAGGAGAAAUAUCGCCUGGUGGUCGUCGGAGGUGGUGGCGUCGGGAAAUCAGCAUUAACCAUACAGUUUAUCCAGUCAUACUUUGUCACUGACUAUGACCCUACGAUUGAAGACUCCUACACAAAGCAAUGUGUGAUUGACGAGAGGCCUGCUCGGCUGGACAUCCUGGAUACAGCAGGACAGGAAGAGUUUGGAGCCAUGAGAGAACAAUACAUGAGGACAGGGGAGGGCUUCCUUCUCGUCUUCUCUGUCACUGACCGAGGAAGCUUUGAAGAGAUCUACAAGUUCCAAAGACAGAUCUUGAGAGUGAAGGACCGAGAUGAGUUUCCGAUGAUUCUAGUGGGUAACAAAGCUGAUCUUGAGCAACAGAGACAAGUGUCCCAAGAGGAGGGCCAGCAGCUAGCUCGACAACUCAAAGUCACAUAUAUGGAGGCCUCAGCUAAGAUCCGAAUGAAUGUAGACCAGGCUUUCCAUGAGCUGGUUAGAGUCAUAAGGAAGUUCCAGGAGCAAGAGUGCCCACCCUCACCGGAGCCCACGCGCAAAGAGAAGGACAAGAGUGGCUGCCAUUGUGUGAUUGUCUAAUUGGCCUUUCAAUGCUACCACUCACCCAGCUGCUGUCACCAGUCCCUGCCCCAACCCUGCCUUCUGACAUCACAUACUGGUUGGAUGAACUCGCUGCCUUUCUACGUGUGCAUGUCUUCAAAACAGAGUCUCUCUCUCAUAGCCUUAACAGGGGUGUUUCCAGCCUCUAGGACUUCACUACUAGAAGAACCAAACUGACACAGUCUUGAUCCAACUCACCAUUCUACCUUUGACUAGAGUACUGACAUAAGUGUGACUUAUAUCGCAAAUAUAUAUGUAAUCGUGCCCCAACACUAAACAUCGCUUCUUUCAAAUUUGCUAUAAAACACACAGUUCCUUUUUGUAUUUUGAAGGAUUUUUUUCCUCUUGCCUUGUGACAUUUGUAAAAAGAUAACACCAUUGGGGUUGUUGAAGAGGAAAUCGUUUAGUCUCUGAUCUUUCAUGAGAUGGUGAGUUGAAGCUUUGUGUGUGUUGUGCCAUAACUGUUUUUACUUCCAUAUGCUAAGCAACAAUUGUACAUAUGUGAAGAGUUGUGUGUGUUGAGACCACCUUUAUAAUGACAAAACUGUCAGAGUACUGUGUGUGAGAUUGAUGAGCUUGUUUUGACAUGCAUUAAAACAAUAAUGUACUCGCAUAUAUAGUAUGUACAUAGAUAGAUAGCCUCUAACAUAAUGCCCUUUGACAUCAGUUUCCUAACUUUUAUUUUGGUCAAGAUGCUAUUUUAUUAUCAUCAGUUUUUUUGUUCGUAAAGGGUAGUUCAGACCGAAAACUUUCUUGCGCUGAAAAAAAGCUAGAUGCAGCACACCGAAUAGAACAGAACGCAGGUUUCUCGAGGAGUAGUCGACGCAGAUACUGAUAUCUAGAGAGCAGGAUGGCCAAUGUAAAUGCCGAUAAACAUAAAACAAUUUAACAACAGCAAAUCAGAUGUACACAAAAUUUCUAAAGUGAAACAAAUGCUUGUUUAUGCUAUAUUUACUCAUAAUUUGCAUAAUCUUGAAAAGAAAAACCAUAAAAAAAACAAAGUGUUGAUUAUCCAUUGACAAACCUACUGGUAGAUUUUGGAACUGACACAACUGAAUUUUAACACGUCUAUUAUGCCGAUAAUCAUAAAAAGCCAAAUAUCAGACGAUUAAUCGGCUGAUAUAUAGUUAUAUCACUAGUCUCGAGAUGUGCUUUUAAAUGUUUAUAGUCUUUUUAACUUGGCAUGUCAUUUUUUUUUCAUCGAAAAACAAGUGCAGACGGACGCAAUCAAGGCUUCAUGGCAUGUAUGGAUUUGCUUCUUUUUAGUUCUGUGCUCUCAGAUUGUGAAAUGAUACAUGACAUGUAGCCAGAUUGUUCAAUCCUUUGUAACUCUCAGGUUGCUCCAUAAACAGUGCUUUUACAACGUUCUUAGAAUGUACAAAGCACACUCAUAAGUAGCUCACUCAAACUUAUUCAUUAGUAGCUCACUCAUUAGUAGGCUCUAUUCUGUACUAGGUACCCCACCCAGAUUGAUGAUACAGAGAAGUAGUCUCUGAAGUAAUCAUAUCUUUUUUUCUGGCCUUAUUUCAAUUCACGUGUACACUGAUUUUGUUUUGUAUUGGUUUUUGAAAUGUAUUUAAAUUACUGAAAUGCACAAGGACAAAUUAAAAUGGACUGUAGAACUACUGACAUCAUAGGAAUCAUUUAAAAUAAUAGUUCACCCCAAAUUCUGCCGUUAUUUACAAACCCUAAUGCCACUUCAAACCCAUAUGACUUUACUUUUUCUGCAGAACAUAAAAGGAGAUAUUUUCGUCACAAUUGCUUAUUUCCAUACAAUUGCAGAUGAUAAUUGCUCAAAGCUGAAAAAAGGGUGUCAUGACGUGACUUGUUCACAAGAUGUGUAUUAAUCAGUGGUUAAUCAGUUAUGUUAUUAAUGUGUCACCAUAUUUGAUUUGGGCAUUGUAUACAUUUGAGUUGAUUAAUGAUUUGAUUUGAUUUGAGUGCAUACAAAGUGGUCAUUUGACAUCAGAAGACUUUGACGCACAAGUCGAAUUACUUUUACGGACUACUUUUAUGACACUUUUGGGGGCUUUUUAGGCCAUUGAUCUCCUUUUCUGUUCUGCAGAAGAAAUAGGGGUCAUAUGGGUUUGGAAUAACAUGAGGGUGAGUAAAUAAUGACAAUUUUUGUAUUUUAUUUUUUGUGGGGUAAACUAUACCUUUAAGUAUCUUAUCACAUAAAAUAAAAUGAUUCAAUGUUUUUAUUCAAUACAACUGUAGUGUGCAAGAAUUCAUAUAUCAGAAAUCCACAUUCCCUCAAGAGAGGUCUGUUUUUAAAAUAUUUUGACUGCAAGGUGAGGUUGAUAUCUCUGUGACAUUCUUGGUCAUGGUAUUUCUAAUGUGUCAAUCUGACAGGUGAUAAUUUCCUUCCUACUCCAAGGGUUCAUAUCACUAUUGUAUUAUGGCGCAUUUUACGUUUCGUCUUCCUUUUUUUCAGUGUGCAUUUCUGUACGAGGAAUACAAAUAAACUAUUUUAGUUUUGUGUUUUAUCAUCAUGUAAUAUAAGAAAAAAGAUGGAAGUGAUCUUUUGAAUGGACAUGAUUAAAUGUUUUUACUAUAUACUUUUAUACAUUAUUUUCUUAUCAGGCUAGUUAAUGUGUAUUUUUAUAUGUUUGUAAGUGAAAAUGCUCUCAAGGCACAACAAUGUGUAUAUGUAAAGAGUAGUAUUUAAUUAUCUAAGUUUGUUUUGAACUAAAAAAAGGCCAAUGUAUGUUGAACUGUGGUCAAAGAUCUUACCUUUUUUGGUGGUCUGAAGUGGGUAAUCGCUCCCCACCCAAAACUUUGUCCAGCUCAUAGCCCAUAAUUCAAUCCAUCUCCACUGGUGAAGUCUGGGCCAGUUUUUUAAGCAUAUGGCCUUGUGUGAUGGCUUGGUUCAAGGUUUUUCCUACCCAAAAGCUUUUCCUUUACACCAGACACCAACAAAACUGAUCAACAUGAAAAGGGAAAGCUUUGCCAAAAUUGUUUGGGCUUGUGCUGUUCGGUUUAAGUCAUGGUCGAGCUUGUGAAAAUAGAAGCACAGCAGUAAAGGAUGGAACAAUGCAAGACUCUUCCUAGCAGAGUCUGAACAUCUAAUCCAUACUGUGUUUUAUUUGUCACAUAUGUCUCACUCAUGUAUAGCCUCUGGUGCUAUAAUAAAAACUAUUAUUA